UUUGUCUGGUUUUAUAUAGUACUCCCAGUGCUCAAUUACACUGAUUCUUCCAAAUUUGCAAGUUCUGGAAAAUGGCCGCUCUUACAACCUCCAAGCUGCCGACAUGCUUUGCCCCUGCAAGCUUCAACAAGACAGCUCGGAUUCACUCCACUCCUAUUCUUGGGUUGCCGGUAAUGACAAGAAGAGGGUGCAGAAUUAAGUGCAGCAUCGUGGAGGAGAGGGAGGAGGCAAAGAGCAGCGAAGGCAGGAACAUAAGCAUGGUUUUGUCGAUGAUGGCAGCGGCGGCAGGAAUGGCGGGGCCAGCGGUGGCGUUGGUGGAUGAGAGAAUGAGCACAGAAGGGACAGGACUUCCAUUUGGUUUAAGCAACAACCUUCUUGGAUGGAUACUGCUUGGUGUGUUUGGUUUAAUUUGGUCGUUGUACACUGUCUACACUUCAACUCUCGAAGAGGAUGAUGAUUCUGCUUUGUCUCUCUGAACCAGGGGAAGGCCUACUCUUCUACUCUGUAACCAAUGUAUAAAUUAGCUCUAAAAAUGGAAAUGCCUUUGUGUAUCGAAGCUUCUUAAAUUUUCCUUAAUUUCACAAUUAUUGUUGUUAUUAUUA